CAACGGUGCCAGCUCGCUGAGGCUGAACCGGCAGUGGCCGUUCAUAUCUCGUUUGAUGGGGUGUUCCUUCCUCUGUCCAACGUGAAGAAUGAAGAAGCCAGAAGCGAGGCGGCCCGCUUGAAAGACAGCUGGUCCGCCAACGUGGUCAUGCCAGCCUGGGAAACAGUGGGUGUGUGGUGGCAGCCUGCCGGAUGACAGGGACUUCAGACAUCGGCCAUACAGCUGGGUUCGAGUCGUCAACAAAUGACCCCCAACGAAGACUAGACCCAGGAUGUCCUCUCCGUACAGGAAUUUACAUGACAAUUAUGUUCCCAACCAUUGGAAUUGGAGGGAACUCGUGUUUUACGCGGUGCUCGCGGGGUGUCCGUUCCUCUUGGGGGUGAUUGUCUACGUCUCUCUUGUGGAUAAACCCAGUCAUGAACUGACUGACCUUGGUGACACAGACAGAGACAAUAUCCAGAGACAGUGGGAUCCAACAGAUGAUGAGCACAGGAGGCGAUGUUUUGCUAAUGAUCAGUGCAGGAUGGUGUUAGCCGAGAGCAUUCCUCUGUACAUGAAGUAUGAUGACAACGCCACCUUUGGGCUUCCCAUGUACAAAGUGUGGAAAGAUCUCCUUGCUAAGGCAACAAACAGUGUUGAUGUGGCAUCUUUCUACUGGACGCUAACAGGCCCUGAUAUCAGGGUCAACUCUUCCACUGACCAGCUCGGCAGAGAUAUUCUGGAGGUCUUUAAGGAGAUGCCCUCUAGAAAUGUCUCUGUGCGGGUGGCAGUCAGUAGUCCAUCUGUGGCACACGACUCCACUGAUCUGGAUGUGUUGCAGACGAAAGGAGUCCAAGUAAGGAUGGUUAACUUUGGCCGUUUGACAAAGGGAAUACUCCACACCAAGCUCUGGGUCGUAGACAUGAAGCACAUAUACAUUGGAAGCGCCAACAUGGACUGGAGAGCUUUGACGCAGGUUAAGGAGCUUGGCGCAGUUAUCUACGACUGCCCCCUUUUAGCCCAGGACCUCCAGAAAAUAUUCCAGUCGUACUGGGUUAUGGGUGAUGUCAAUGCCUCCAUCCCGGACCCCUGGCCUCCAAGCUUCGACACCUCCAUCAACAGGGAGAACCCCCUGUUGGUGAACGUGAGUGGUGUGGCCAGUCGGAUCUACAUCUCUGGUUCCCCUCCUUCAUUCUGUCCAAAUGGGAGAACAAGGGAUUUGGAUGCCAUUCUUUCUGUGAUCAAAGAGGCAGAGCAGUUCAUCGAUGUGGCCGUAAUGGAGUACUUUCCGACGUCCCGCUUUACAAAGCCUCAGAGUUACUGGCCUGUACUCGAUGAUGCUCUGAAGAAGUCAGCUUUUGAGAGGCAGGUUCCAAUCCGCCUCUUGGUCAGUUGUGGACGGGAUACUGAUCCAGCCAUGCUUCCAUUCCUGAAGUCACUCAAUGAUCUGCAAUACCCAUCUGAAAACAUCAGCAUUGAAGUGAGGCUGUACAUUGUGCCAGUGGUGAACCAGUCGAGCAUUCCUUACGCCAGAGUGAACCACAAUAAAUACAUGGUGACAGACAAGGUUGCAUAUAUUGGUACGUCUAACUGGUCAGCCGAUUACUUCAACACCACUGCUGGAAUAGGGCUGGUGGUCUCCCAGGACAGUACGAGCCCAGCGUCAAUGAGCCGGACACUUCGGGAGCAGAUGAGGGUGGUGUUUGAAAGGGACUGGAACUCCCAGUUUGCGGUCAAACUCUCCAACUUGAGCCACAACCCUGACUGCACCUUCGCAGGCCUGGCGUCCAGCAAUCUGUGACCAAGACACACCGCCGUCUUUCUGAGAAACGUCCUCUGUCACUGCUGCCCCUGACAGAGUCCUGUCCAAUAACUGCAUUUUUACUACGUCACUAUACACACCUUCCAAAAAACCCUUCAGUUAACAUGUGGAAAGGCAGAAAUUUAACUUUGAGUGGAAAGAUCUAGAACUUCCACGUAUCUUUGUACU